AUGGGUGUUGGACGUCGUAUGAAGAAGCAGGCGGCGCCUGAGCCCCUGUCCGAAGCGCAUUAUGCCAAGUUGAAGCGCAAGGCUGGCAUCCCGGUCGAGGCCAUCGAGGAACCGCAAAAGAAGCGAAAGAUGGGCAAGGCAUCUGCGACAACGGGCAACUCAACGCCCGUUUCCAAGAGGCGCGAACGAAAGGCGGCUCUCAAGAACGGCAACGGCGUCAAGGGGUCGGACAAGACCAAGGGCCCCAAGGAAUUGCCUGCCCAUCGCCAGGGCAAGAAGGCCGCUGCUGCGAAGGUGCCUGCUCCCGAGGGCUCGGACGACGAAGAGAUGGACGAUGAGUUCGCCGGCUCGGAUCUUGAGGCAGGCAACUCGGAUGAGGCACCCAAUGGUACCCUCGGCGACGACUUCCUCGGUUCCGACAACGAUGACGACGACUCGGUGUUUGACUCGGACGAGGAAGGUCGCGCAAGGGCUAUCUUCUCGGAGGAUGAGGAUGAAUCAGAUGGCGAAGAGAAGCUCACAGCAGCCAACAUGGCUGGGUUGUCCGCGAAACUGGACAGGCAAAUGGAGGAGGAGGCCGCAGCGGACGAGGCCGAAUUGAAGGAGGCGGCCCUGCAGACCAACAUUGCGGGAGACAAGCCCAAGGUGUUAGAGGACGACGAUGAUGAUGAUGAUGACUUGGCUGCCAAGACAAAAGCCAUGCUUGCACCUGACCUGCAAUUACUUCGAACGCGAAUCACUGAGAACAUCCGUGUGCUGGACGACUUUGCCAACCUGCACCAGGAGGGCAGAUCAAGGGCUGAGUACACUGCUCAGCUACUGAAGGAUGUCUGUGCCUACUACGGGUACUCGGACUAUCUCGCCGAGAAGCUGUACAACCUGUUCACCCCUCGAGAGGCCUUUGCCUUUUUCGAAGCCAACGAGUCUGCCCGUCCCGUCGUCAUCCGCACAAACACCCUCCGCACCAACCGUCGAGAACUCGCCCAGGCGUUGAUUAACCGUGGUGUCACCCUCGAGCCCGUGGGCAAAUGGUCCAAGGUCGGUCUUCAAGUCUUUGAGACGAGUGUCCCUCUUGGUGCUACCCCCGAGUACCUCGCAGGCCACUACAUCCUGCAAGCCGCUUCCUCUUUUUUGCCAUGCAUGGCUCUGGACCCCCAGGAGAACGAUCGCGUGCUCGAUAUGGCCGCUGCUCCUGGUGGUAAAACGACCUACCUGGCUGCUAUGAUGAAGAACACUGGCUUCAUCAUGGCCAACGAUCCCAACCGGGCGCGUUCCAAGGGUCUGAUCGGUAACGUCCACCGCCUGGGCGCGAGCAACGUCAUUGUCUCCAACUACGACGCUCGUGAGUUCCCCAAGCCCAUGGGCGGUUUCGACCGCGUCCUCCUCGACGCUCCCUGUUCCGGAACCGGCGUCAUUGCCAAGGACCCCAGCGUUAAGACAAACAAGACCCAGCUCGACUUUAUGCAGCUGCCUCACUUGCAGAAACAACUUCUCCUCGCCGCCAUCGACUCCGUCUCACACAACAACAAGCCUGGCGGUGGCUACAUUGUCUACUCGACCUGUUCCGUCACGGUCGAGGAGAACGAGGAGGUUGUACAGUACGCUCUUCGAAAGCGACCCAAUGUCAAACUCGUCGACACUACCAUCCCCUUUGGCAAGGAGGGCUUCACAAGCUACCGCGGCAAGAAAUUCGACGCGAGCAUGAACUUGACACGCAGGUACUAUCCCCACACCUACAACGUGGACGGUUUCUUCGUCGCCAAGUUCCACAAGACGGGACCUACACCCCCCAAGGCCCCUACGGGCUCUCGCGGCGGUAGGCAGGAUGAGGAUAACGUGAUCAUUGACAAGACGCCCAUCGCUGCCGACGAGGAAGAGGCGGCCAAGGACGACUUUGGCGGCUGGGAUGAGGACGAGGAUGAGGAGAUUAUGGAGAAGGGGAAGAGGAACGCCAUGCGCAGGAGAGGCAUCGAUCCUCGAAGUACAAGCAAGACGAAGAAGGCGGACAAAUAA